CCACUUACUGGGUCCCACAAAUACCCAGCCUCACUAUAAAAAACAUGGAAAAACACACUCUUCCUCCUCCUUUCUGCUCCUCAGUCCUCCCGUAUCAGGUAUCGUCCUCUCUUUCUUCUUCUUCUUCUUCUUCUUCUUCUUCUCUUUUUCUCUCCACAAACACUCCAAAAAUGGCGGACUACGGAGGUGCAAUCUCACUCUCUCAAGGCAGAGACCUCUCUCACACCUCCGACGACUCCGACUCCGACAACAGUCCCCGAAGCGUCCCAAUUCUCUCUUGCGGAGCCGCCGGAGCCGCCGGAGGAGGAUCAUCAUCGUCCAAGCCGAGAAAACAAGGCGGCAGCGCCGGUGCAGUGGCAGACAUUGGUUCGUCGCUCGAGAUCUCAAAGAAACCGAGAGGCAGACCUCCCGGUUCAAAAAACAAACCAAAACCCCCCAUCGUCAUCACCAAGGACAGCGACCUCGCCAUGAAACCCGUCAUCCUUGAGAUCUCCGCCGGCUCCGACGUCGUCGAGUCCGUCAUGCAAUUCGCCCGCAGACGCCACGUCGGAAUCACUGUCCUCAGCGGUAGCGGUUCCGUAUCCAACGUCACGCUCCGACACCCCGUCUCCCACGCGCCGGCUCUGUCCCUUCAUGGUCCUUUUAGCCUUCUCUCGCUUUGCGGCUCCUUCGUCGGUUCUUCGUCGAUCACAUCUCCUUCAUCGUCAUCGAAGCCUUCUUCUUCUUCUUCAUCUUCUUCUUCCCCAUCUUCUUCUUUGUCUUCUUGUUCUUCGUUUGGUAUAUGUCUUGCAGGAGCGCAAGGUCAAGUGUUCGGAGGAAUAGUCGGAGGAAAAGUCAUCGCUGCGAGCCUUGUCGUCGUUGUGGCGGCGACGUUCCUAAGCCCUAGUUUCCACAGGUUGCCUAGCGAGGGUGACGAAGCUGAAGAGACUAAGCCUAUUCGCAACAGUAAUACUAGUGGUGGGGGUGCAAAUGAAGGUUGUAGUGGACCGUGUACGGGCAUGUCCAUGUCGGUUUACAAUGUUGCGAGUCCAAACCCAAUCAAUUGCCAGAUCUCUCCUGAUGUCAUGCCUUGGGGCCCCACCUCUCGUCCUCCACCUUAUUAACAAGAAGUAGGAGAAAGAACCAUAUUUUCAAUCCUCCAAUUAAUUUUACAUGUAUUUCUUCUAGUUACUAUUUCUUUAGUGUUAUAAAAAAAAAACAAAAAAACAAAAAAAAAAAAAACAAAACUUUAGAGAAUGUUGUUAUUAGAGAUUUUUAAUUUUAUUCGGUAGUUUGUUUGAAUU